GCAAGAAGCAGCAAAAAGCAAUUGUUGAUUCGAUUUUACGCAUUUUACGGGUUUUGUAGCAUAUCUCAUACUGAAGAUGGCAGAAGAUAACUCAAAAAAUGGAAUCGAAAUGGAAAACCGUGUUUUUCACAAGACGUGCAACAAGGACGAAUAUCUUCGUUUCGUAGCCCGGUAUAUCUUGCGCGUUCGAGAAAUGAAUACAAAACACAAAAACCAGCAAAACGCUGCAGCGGCAGCAGCCCAGCAAGCACAGCAGGACGGAACCGGUAACACGAGCCAGGGUGGCGGAGGUAUGCCGGAUCCGAUCAACGCCUUGCAGAACCUAGCAUCGCAAGGAACCCGGCCGCAAAUGAUGGGACAAAUGGGUGUUGGUCCUGGGGGACCCAUGGGAGGUCAGAUGGGGGGUGCCGGUAACGCUUCAAAUUUGCUACAUUCUCUGCGCCCGCAAAUGCAGAUGGGAGGCAUGGGAGGUCCUAUGCAGGGCAAUCGGGUCGGAAUGGGUCCGGGACCGGGAAAUCAAAUGGGUGGCAUGAUGGGACCGAACCAGAUGCAAGGCCCUGGUGGACCGGGUGGUGCAAUGUCGACACAAUCAAAUAUAUAA